UUCCAAGUUAGAAGUAUUAGAGGUGUGUAGAUUUUUCUCAUCACCACCGGAAGUUAUAAGGCAGGACUUUGUAAACAUUUAGUUAGAGCCUCUAUCGUAGAGAACCGGUACGAGAAUCCAAUCUUCAUGGAAUGUGAGCAAUCUGUGUGAUUUUCUUGCAAAGUUGGUAUGACGGUGAAUAAGCUACGCAGAGCCGCUUGGUCUUAGAAAAAAAAACCUAUGUAGUUAUUUGGACGAUCUUUUCGUGUUGGUGACAAAUACUAGAGCUUAUAACAUUUCCCUUCACCUUCUGUGGAUUGAUUGGUAGAAAAAGCUUGAAGCAUUAAGUUCAUCCUUUUUAAACUUAUGUUCUUAUUUAUAUGUUAGUGCAAAAAAUAUCAAAUUAAUAGAGCUGCAAUAUAGUUUGUGACCGUGGCGAUGGUUAUUGGUGAUUGAUGAGUUAGAUGACUUAAAACUUGUAUCUUUGACCUUUCCAUCGGGAGCAAUUGUCCACUAACCUUUGCAAGUAACUUGUGCCCCCACAUUACUGUCCAGCUGUACCUAGCAGGUCACUAAGGCAUUUGUGCUAAAUAUUGUUGCUAAUUACACGGCCACUGCAAUUAGACGGGUAAUAGCUUACCGUGACCAGUUGGCGGAUCACUCAGCUAUUUCUCAAUUAACCAUUCUUUGUCCUCUUCAGCUUCAUCUGCUGAAAUAAAAAGAAAACUCACCCCAUGUUGACAUUCCCCCUCUAUGGAACUGCAGCUGUCUCUAUUCUAUUCCAUAUGAGCGAAAGAGAGGUGGAGAUAAGCUGCGUUUUGAGUCACGCAUGCGCACUGAAGCGAUGAUCCGACGGCGCGCGUGAAAACACAGUCAUUCCGCGGUUAGGGCCCAACGCGAGCGGACGUGCUCGUCGCUACACCGUCCACACACUCGUGAAGUGCAUCGCUCGUGACAAUCCCCGAUCGUGAACGUUCGAAACCCUUUGUUUUAUAAAUAUAAACACACAAAUCGUGAGUGAGUGCUGUCGUUACAAAGUGACGGCGUUGACAUGAAAUAAGACUUUGAGGACUAAAGUUUUUUUUCUAUUAAAUCGGCAUUGAUGAUGGGUGUAAAUAGUUGCGUUAGCGUGCGCGCGCGGGGUCCAUGCCACUGCCCGGCGUGCCCGCGGGGCUCGGGCCACGGCCUGCAGCUGCCGCCGCAGACGCUGGUGCUACCCCCCCUGGCCCUGGAGCCGGAGCCCAGCCCGGUGAAGGACAAGAAGGGCUCCAAGAUGAAGGUGUUGAAGAAGAUCAAGAAGAAAAUGGGUCUCGCGCCCAGGACCUCCUGCACCGGAGGCACCCCGAACAACCUGCCGCCGCUGGGCUUCCACCGCGUGCACGGCGAGAACGUCAGGGUCUCCCGAGACGGCUCCACGGCGCGGAGGGUCGAGAGCUUCUGCAAGGGAGUGGCGUUCAGCGCUCGGCCUGUUAGGGUCAAUGAGAAGGUUUGCCUUCGCUUCGUCGAGAUCUCCAACAACUGGAGCGGGGUUCUCCGAUUCGGGUUCACUACCCACGACCCAGCGACCCUGUCGCACUGCCUGCCCAAAUACGCUUGCCCAGACCUCACCAACAAACCAGGCAACUGGGCCAAAGCCCUCGGCGAGAGGUUCUGCGAAAAAGACAACAUCCUGUACUACUACGUGAACUCUGCCGGGGAUGUCCACUUCGGAAUAAAUGGGGAGGACAAAGGGGUGUUCUUUACGGGUGUGGACACGCGUAGCCCGUUAUGGGCCUUAGUGGAUGUGUACGGAAAUUGUACAGCGAUUCAGUUCGCUGAUCCGAGAGCGCCGAACCAGAUCCGACGAUCCAUCCCAGCUUUAGAAGACAGCGAGGAAAGAUUAGCUGGAAGCAUGCGGUCUUUGAGUAUUGACGAAGCGCUGCCGCCGCCAAGGUUCCAAAGCCAAGCGGUGGUCCCGCUAACCCUGCACAGAACUAAAGGCAGAAACGUCCAGUUCAUCAGCGAUCGAGGAGUAGCAGCAAGGGUGGAGGCAGAAUUCUGCCAAGGAUACGUGUUCACGGCUCGCCCGAUGAGGCCCGGACAGACUUUAGUCGUGCAAAUUCUGGCCACAGAACCGGCUUACGCUGGCUCCUUAGCUAUUGGCUUGACGUCCUGCGAUCCGGCCACUUUGAGGCCCACUGACUUGCCUGAUGAUGCCGAGCAGUUGCUCGACAGACCUGAAUACUGGGUGGUGAGGCGAGACGCAGCCAAUGGGUUAAGACGAGGGGACGAACUAGCAGUGACAUUGACGUUGGACGGAGAAGUGAGGGUCAGCAGAAAUGGCUCGAACCCGAUAACAGUAAUGCACGUUGACCACACGCUAAGACUAUGGGCGUUUGUGGAUAUCUACGGAGCGACACAGAAAGUCAGGAUGCUCAGUUCUCAGCUACCGCAGCCGGCGCAGACGCCGCCGCCACAGCAGCAGUUGAGGGUGUUGACCAGCUCGGCCACGCCUAUAACUACGGCGUCAGGAGGCACCGUAUUGGUCGUCAGUCUGCCGCCGCAAAAUGGCGGCCAGAACGGGGCCAAUCACCAGCAAGCAUUGACUUUGGCUAGCGCGCAUUACAUUGAGCCCAUGCAGUCUCAAUCGUCGCUCUGCCUGUCCAGCCUGCAGCCGCCAGCCCAACCCUCGUCCUCCUGUGCCAUGCAGAUGGCCUCCUACCAGCAAGCUCCGGUCCAGCGGCCCAGACUCGACGCCCAGUGUUCCUCCAGCCAAAACUCUCAGAACGAACAGAACAACCUACUCAUACCAAACGGCCACCAGGAACCUCUACGCAUCAGCAACGACAGAAUCGCCAAUGGAUUACCUUCAAGCUCGCACGCGAUAAAUCUAGCAUCCUCUUCCCAUCAUCAGCCGAUUUACAGCGUUAUUGGUGAACCAGUUGGUAAUCUAACCGGUACGGAAUGCACGAUAUGCUACGAGAAUCCUAUUGACAGUGUCCUGUAUAUGUGCGGGCAUAUGUGCAUGUGUUAUAGGUGUGCCGUGCAGCAGUGGCGGGGCAAGGGCGGUGGCCAGUGUCCUUUAUGCAGAGCUACCAUUAAAGAUGUCAUCCGUACUUACAAGUCUUGAUUUCUUGAUGAGGUUGUGCGUUGACCGUAUUAUGGGGUGUUAGUGUUGACCGCGUAUUUAAAUCGUAUUGUUUUAGGUUGUAAGUGAUGUUAUUGUUGGUAUGAGGUUUGUGGGGUUUCUGUUUGUAUCGAGAUGUAAGGUGAAUAAUAUUGAGACUUUGUAUUACCAUCAAAAUUAUUAACCACUUUGAAUGGGUGUUUAAUACGGUAUUUGACAGCCGUGUUUACAGCGUUCAUAAUGUGACUUAAAAUUUUUAUGGUAAGGCCCGGUGUCUUCUGGCAAUUUAUCAUUUUACCUACAUUUAGAAGUUAAUCAAAACAUGUUAUAACUUCAUAAUGUAUGAAAAACUGGUAGUGGUCGGAAAAACACAAAGUCUUAUUCAAUAUUUUUCACUACACUAAACUAUAAGUGGAAAUGACAAAUGAAUAAGGUGGCUAGAUCACUCUUUCCAGGUUUAUAUAGUGCGGGGAAGGCGUGUGUGAGCAAGAUGAAAGACAAUUUAAUUUAUGCCAAAUAAACAAACAUGACAUCUGAAAUAUUGACUUUUGUAAUAGUUUGACAUUGAUUUCGUUUAGUCCAAUUUUGAAAUUGAGCAAACAUGUGACUUUAUUGGAAUGUAAGAAAAUAUACUAUUGGAAAAGCGUAAAAGCAUAAUAAUAUAUUAUUUAGAUUUAAUAUAUGCCUGUAAAUUUUAAACUGCUAAAUGUAGGCGGUAUAGUAUUGGGAUUUCAGUGGCAUAAAAAUACGUUUAUGUUUAAUUUAACGUAGAUCAAUAAGUACUUUACUAUUUAAUGUUAUUUUGUAUGAAAACAUGCAGAUUUUAGUUGUAUUGGAGCUAAUUUUGAGUGGAAUAAUUUCAAAGACAAUGCAUCUGAUAAUAAUUAGAGUGACCAUGUUCUAAAAUUCUCCCCGAAAACGGGGAAAAUUUUACAACAUAAUUUAGACUCAUAUUUUUGACUAAGACACAUGUUUAUAACACGGACUGCUUAUGAAUCGGUCCAUAGUUGUAUGAGGCUAUGCUUAAACGUUUGUAUAUAACUGUAGGUAAGCUAGGUCUUCGCUUAAGGUUCCUCGUUACAAAACACAUUUUAGUGAUUUAUAAAAUAACGUCCAUCCUCGACAAUUUCGUGAUAUAAGAGUUGCAUUUAAUAAUUUGAAUCAUAUCAUAAUAAUAAUUUUCUACUUUUAAUGUUGUCUGGUAAUGCCGGCUCUGAAAUGUCAGUUCCUAUAUUAGUGACGGUUUUCUUAGAAUGUAAUGAUCGGAAAUUUAGUUAAAAACGGCCGGUAGACUAGGGCUACUAAACCGAAGAAGAAAACUAAAUUACUUGUAUCUAUAAGAAAAUCGUUUUGAAAUGUUUACAAAAUAAUGACAAUAGUUUUUCACAAAAAUACUUGUACUACAUAAAUUGAGUUUAUUAUGUAAACAGAAGAAGAAAUAUUAUAAUCCCCUUCAUUAUAGUUUCUUCAGCUAUUACUUUUCAAUAUCUCUUUUUCCAAAUCAUUCCUGUUCGUAUACUUUUGCUCAACUUUCCAAUAUCACCAUUUUGUUUUAACUUUCUGACUUUGUAUUAAACAUUUUUACAUAUCGUUCUUUAUAAUUAGGAAUCAUUAUAACUGUGUAUAAACCAUUCCUUUUUAAUAUGUUUAGUUCGUAUAGUAAAAUACCAAUAGUUUUUGUAUAAAAAACCAAAAUUGACAGCCAGUUUUUCUCUAAUUUAGCACAUAGGUAUUUAUAGGUAUACUCACAUAACACUUAAAUGUAUAAUUAUUUAUUACACCACAUUUUCUCAAAACCAAAACAUUGUGACCAGUUUUAAUAAUAAAAAACAUAUUUGUCAGUUACGAUUAAAUGAAGCCAAAUCUAAACUAGAUAGAAUUUUAGGGUUAUUUUGUAAAUAUGUAACGGAAUAAUCAUGUUUUUACAUGCAACACAAACUGUUUAGUUUAGUUAGCAUCUUUAUGAAAUAUUAACAAAGUUUGUUGAUAUUCAUAGCACAAUUUCUUGGAAAAGUCAUCGUCUUAAACUUGCAAAUAUCAAAUGGUUAUAAAAACAUGAUUUUGUAACAUUUUUUUAUUAAGGUCAAGAAUGUCACCGCUAUGUAAAGACCAAUUAUGUGAUAAUUUCUCUUUUUUAUUUAGUUUUUUUCGACCUUUAUCUGUUUACGCUGAAUUGAAUACUACAUUUUUUGUAUUUGUUGCCCAUUUAUUUCGGUAGGGUAUUUGUAAUUAUUUUGAUGGCAACAUUAAAUUCCUAUUUUCUUUUCAUAGCUAGGGUUGUAACUGUAUGUAAGCAUUAUUCUCUUCAUAAAUAUAUGUAUACAUUUAUUUAUCUGUAGUAUACGUUUCAGCGUAAAUAGAGGUGUUCUCUAGUCGAUAGUUAUUUAUUAUUUUAUAAACGGCAUACUUUGAAGAAGUUGGAAUUUUUAGAUUAAGUUUUCAAAUAAAAAAUGGUUAUCAAUCAAAAA